UGCCUAUUCAACAUGGCUACCACCAACGAGCUUCCUGCCAUCGAUGUCAACAGCUACGACUACAUCGUAGUCGGUGGUGGCACCGCCGGCUGUGUCAUUGCGGCACGCCUGGCGCAGUACCUGCCCAACAAGCGUACGCUCGUCAUCGAGGGUGGUCCCAGCGACUUCAUGGAUGACCGCGUGCUCAACCUGAAGGAGUGGCUCAACCUUCUCGGCGGCGAACUCGACUACGAUUACGGCACCGUCGAGCAGCCCAUGGGCAACAGUCACAUCCGUCACUCUCGCGCCAAGGUGCUGGGUGGCUGCUCUAGCCACAACACUCUCAUUUCCUUCCGCCCCUUCAAGUAUGACUGCCAGAACUGGGUCUCCAAGGGUUGCAAGGGCUGGGACUUCGAGACAUUCACCCGCCUCAUCGAUGGCCUGCGCAACACCGUCCAGCCCGUGCAUGCUCGUCACCGGAACCAGCUGUGCAAGGACUGGGUCCAGGCCUGCUCCAGCGCCAUGAACAUUCCCGUCAUUGACAACUUCAACGACGACAUCCGCAAGAACGGUGAGCUGACCGAGGGUGUCGGCUUCUUCAACGUCUCCUACAACCCCGAUGACGGCCGCCGCAGCAGUGCUAGUGUGGCCUACAUCCACCCUAUCCUGCGCGGCGAGGAGAAGCGUCCCAACCUGACCAUUCUCACCAACGCCUGGGUCUCCAAGAUCAACGUCGAGGGUGAUGCCGUCACCGGUGUUAACGUGACCCUGCAGUCCGGUGUCACUCACACCCUGCGUGCUAAGAAGGAAACUGUUCUCUGUGCCGGUGCCGUCGACACCCCGCGUCUGAUGAUGCUGUCUGGUCUGGGUCCCCGCGAGCAGCUUUCUGCUCUGAAGAUUCCCGUCAUCAAGGAUCUCCCCGGUGUCGGUGAGAACCUGCUCGACCACCCCGAGAGCAUCAUCAUAUGGGAGCUCAACCAGCCCGUUCCCCCGAACCAGACCACCAUGGACUCUGAUGCCGGUAUUUUCCUGCGCCGCGAGCUGCCCAAUGCCGCGGGCUUCGACGGCCGUGCUGCCGACGUGAUGAUGCACUGCUACCAGAUUCCCUUCACUCUCAACACCACUCGUCUGGGGUACGACGAGCCCAUCAACGCCUUCUGCAUGACCCCCAACAUCCCCCGUCCCCGCUCCCGCGGCCGUCUGUAUCUCACCUCCUCCGACCCCUCCGUGAAACCUGCCCUGGACUUCCGCUACUUCACCGAUCCCGAGGGCUACGACGCCGCCACUAUCGUGACCGGUCUCAAGGCUGCCCGUGAGAUCGCCAAGCAGGCUCCUUUCAAGGAUUGGAUCAAGCGUGAGGUCGCUCCGGGCCCCAAGAUCCAGUCCGACGAGGAGCUGUCUGAGUACGGCCGCCGCGUGGCUCACACCGUGUAUCACCCGGCCGGUACCACCAAGAUGGGUGACAUUACCCGCGACCCUCUGGCCGUCGUGGAUCACGAGCUGAAGAUCCGUGGCCUCAAGGGCGUCCGUAUCGCAGACGCCGGUGUAUUCCCCGACAUGCCCACCAUCAACCCCAUGUUGACCGUGCUGUCCAUUGGUGAGCGCGCUGCCGAGAUGAUCGCUGAGGAGGCCGGCUGGACUCACUCCCAGCCCCGCCUGUAA